ACAAAAUGGCGGACGGCCCAUUAAAAACAAAUGGUGACGUGUAGAAAAAAGAAAUCCAAGAUUUUGUGCCUUGCUGCAGCAUACAUCUGGCCGCUUAAAUGAACUAAAUAAUCUGUGAACCGUAUGGAUGAUAAGGCACAGCGGACACGAUUUUAUAGUAAAGUCCUUGGUGCCAGUAUGAACCCUAGUAAAGCGGAGGAGCAAGUGGCUGAUGAUGUCAUACCCUACAUAAUCUCUCUCGACAUCGGCACUACGACCAUGAGAAGCCAUGUCUACGUUAAGGACGGCAGCAUCAAAGGCUCUAGCAGCAAAAGGAUACAGGUCAUAUACCCUAAGCCCCGCUGGUCGGAGAUAGACCCGGAUCAGUUGGUACAACAAGCUGUCGAGUGUAUCAAGGAAUCUAUCAGAGCUGCUAACAUAACUGCUAGCCAGGUGACAUGUAUGGGGAUAACAAACCAGAGAUCUACAUUCCUCACCUGGGACAGAGAGACAGGGAAGCCAUUCCAUAACUUCAUCACCUGGCAGGACCUGAGAGCAAGUGACCAUGUCAAGUCAUGGAACAACUCAUACAAACUACGGGCUUUGAACAAAGGAUCUUCUUUCCUCCAUCUGUUUACUCGACAACCCAGAUUCCUGGCAGCCAGUGUACUCAAAUUUCUGUCAAAUCAGGUUGGUCUACGAUUGAUCUGGGCCCUAGAGAACAUAGAGGAGUUGAAGAAGAGAGCAUCAGAAGACCAGGUGAUGUUUGGGUGUAUAGAUACGUGGUUGCUAUGGAAACUGACUGGUGAGAAGGUCCAUGCCACAGACUAUUCCAAUGCCAGUGGGACAGGCUUAUUUGAUCCUUUCCAGGUAGAAUGGAGUUCUAUAGUAUGUAACCUUCUAAACAUUCCAAUGAACAUUCUACCUGAGAUCAAAGAUACGAGUUGCCUGUUUGGAAAAACUGACCCUUCACUGUUUGGUGCGGCUAUACCCAUCACAGCUAUGAUAUCUGACCAGAUGUCGGCCAUGUUUGGGGAGUGUUGCUAUGACGUUGGAGAUAUGAAGUGCACCAUGGGAACAGGAACCUUUGUUGAUGUGAAUACAGGCAGCUAUGCUCAUGCUUCUGUUGCAGGUCUGUAUCCUCAAAUUGGCUGGAAGAUAAAGGAUGAACUGGUGUAUGUAGCAGAAGGGGCCAUAACGGAUACAGGCAUUGUUAUAGAUUGGGCCAAGUCUAUAGGUCUGUUUGAGGAUGUGUCCGACACAGCAAGGAUAGCCGAGUCAGUACCAGAUUCUGACAGGGUGUGUAUCGUGGCAGCUUUUAGUGGACUCCAGGCCCCAAUCAAUGAUGACAAGGCAGCGUCUUCCAUCAUCGGAGUAAAACCCACCACUACUAAGGCUCAUCUUGUGCGGGCAUUACUGGAAUCAAUUGCAUUUAGGUUCAAAAUUCUCUAUGAAGCCAUUCUUAAAGAAUCCAAAGUGGAACUCUCAUAUAUGAUCAGAGCUGAUGGUGGAGUAUGUAAUAACAAUUUCCUGAUGCAGUUAAUCUCUGACCUUACUGGUCAGGUGAUUGACCGAGCCAAACAACGAGCUGACAUAACUAGUCUCGGGGCUGCUUUUUUAGCUGGCUUACAUGCAGGAGUUUGGAAAAAUAAGGAGGAAUUACGAAGUAUACGGAAAUCCGAAAAUUUAUUCAAGCCUGACUCAAAACGAUGGCAAGAGUAUAAAGAUGUGUUCACAGACUGGGAGAGAGCUGUGACUCGCUCCAAAGAGUGGUAUGCACAAGAUGGUUGAGCCGUGAGUCUGCAAUAUAGAGAUACCAAUGUGUUACAAGGCUGUGAAUUAAGUAAACAAAUCCAGAUUUUCUAUAUUCAUGAUAUAUUCUUAUAUAAAUCUGUCUCUGAGGAGUUUUUAAUGUUUAAAAUGUUUAAAAAAAACAAAAUCAAAGAUCUAUUUUGAUUUUGAUUUAGCAAUAUCGGUAAAACCUUAACCUAGGGCAUUGUAUUCACUGAGUGAAGAAGUUAAAAGGAGCUUUUAACAUUGUCUAUAUUAAAUAAAGUUAGCCUUAUUUUGUAUACACUGUUAACAGUGAAGUAUAAAUGGGGCCUCAGUAGGGAUAACAGAAAUGUGUGAGUGAAUGUUUAUGUCAGGACAACAUUAGGGGGUUUUUCAAGUUAUUUUUCUAUUCCAUUGAUAGGGUAAUAAAAUACUCUUACAAACAUCCUCAUAAUUCUGGGGGUUACUUUCACCUUCACCUUCAUCAUCCACACUCAGGGGUUACACUCAUUUCUACCACAAUACGCUGUGUUGUACCACUCUCUGAGUCUCAAAACAUUGUAUAAAUGUGCCAACUGUUGGAUAUACAAUGUAUAUGUUAUAUUCCACCUGUGGAAUAUAACCUUUUCGAUCUUUUGAUUGGUCAAGGAUUCGAACUGCAAUUAUUAUUAAAGUCAUCAAUGAUUGAAUGACAUCACCUGGUCCCGGCUGUCACCUGUACACCUUAUUUGCGUAUGCAAAAUAACUCUUGGCCACAUUUCCCUUUGAUUAAAGCCGAUAUAAUUGUGGUAGAAACAGGUCACACCAAUCGUGAUUGUUAGAUAUGGAAUUUAUUUCACACUCGUAAGUUAUUUUUUUUAGAUUACAAAAGAUAUUCGCUAAAGCUUGUAUCUUUUGUAACUUCUAACGACCACUCGUUGUGUAACCUCUAUUUCUCCACUCUGUAGCCCUGGAAUAUGUCAUAGCAAAUCCAUAGGUUCAAUAUACCAACCAUCUGGUAAAUAAACCAAAAUGACUGCUUUGACCCUUCGAUGUACGUUUGACAAAUAUCGAGGUCGCCAUUCUGACUCGGUUUUAACUUUCUUGGCAUGCAUUAUCAAAUCAUUUAAAGGAAUAAAUUUCCAUGUAAAAUUAAGUUUGAAAAAAAGAUACAUAUUUAUGAAAAUUAAUUUUAAGUUUUUGUUAAAAGAUUGUAUUGGUAGAUAAGUAGGGUAAGCAGCCUUUUUUCAUGGUGUAAUUAAGCACACCUCUUCUGUCUGCGAAAUAAAAGAACAGGUGUGUUUAUUAGCUUGACUACUGAGAACUUGCAGUACUGAAUGAACAGAAGGUUGUUAACUUUAAUGAAAAGACUACUGCAUCAUUAAUACAGGACACACAGUAGUAACUACCGGGUAUGUAGACAACCACAUAUGGGAACAUCUCAGCUUACUGAGAUGUAAAGCAUCAGAAGAUUGAAAAUGAAAGCGCUAACUAUGCUUUACAAACCAGUGUUUUCAAUGUUGUAAUUUUUAUAUAUACUAGUAUAUGUACUGGGCACUAAGAAUAAGAACAUUUUAACAUAUACAUAUAUAUAUAGAUAUACACUUAUUUUUGCUCAAAUCAUGUGCACCCAAUAUAUAUUUACAUAUUCCCUAGACUGUAUUUUGACAAGAAAAUGUGUUGAAAUAAUCGUGUUUUUUUUGUUGACAUUUUUGCAUCUGUAUUUUAAGAAGACUGUGCCAUUUUGUGAUGUGUUGUAUUUGGUUGACUCAUAUACUGUUUAACAUGAAUGAUAUUCCAAUUUUAGCCCACCUGUAAUCCUUUGUUCAAAUCGCCCUGUGGUCCUUCGUCACUUUUUCCAUCUGUUAACAAUCCUUAAUUGUUGUCAGUAUUUCUUGAGAAGAGUCAUACAGAUCUCUCUGAAAUUUUAAUGGCAGCUUUCCCUUGGUUCCUAACUGUGCAUGAUCCUACUUGAGACUGAUUGGAAGACAAGAUGGCCGACAUGUGGCCAUUUUGAAUUUUGAAAGUUGAAGUUUGUUGUCGCUAUUUCUCACAAAGUUCUUAAUAGAUCUUUCUCAAAUUACAUGAUCUUGUGGGUUCCGCUCAGUCUGUACUCAAUUUUCAGACUGAUUCGACAACAAGAUAGCUUACAGGCAGCCAUUUUGAAUUUGAACAGCUAAACAUUAUUAUUACUACAUAUUUAUCAGAAAGGUCUUCAGGAUCUUUCUCAAAAUUCAAAGGAAUGUUCCCUUAAAUCUCUAGCUUCGUCUGACCAAUUUUGAGCUUGAUUGGAAAAUAAAAUGGCCAACAGGCAGCCGUGUUGAAUUUUUAAGAGCCUAAAUUUAUUAUUGUCAUUUCACAGAAAGUUCUUUUUGGAUAUUUUGAAAUUGUAUAUGUAGGCUCCUCUAGUAUUAGUUGAAGUUUGUAAUCAUUUCCAAUGGAGUUUAUGAUGGAUCUUUCUCUAUUUCAUAUAUUGUUUUCAUUUAAAAGGAAAAGAGAAAGAUGAGAAAAGUAGACAAAAGAUCAGUCUUACAUAGACUCAAUAAAGAUAAUUCAAUAGUGGGCAGCAAGAUCCCUCUGGGGUCUCUUGUUUAUGACUGUUAUGUAUUUACAUAAAGGAUUCUCUAGGUUGUUCGUGGAUUUUGUUAAUGGUCCUCACAAUAUAUCUGAUGACAUACAAUGUUAUCUGGUUUCAGGUUUUCCUGUACAACCUGUCUGAUAAUUUUCUAAAGGCUUUUUCAUACACUCUAAGUAGAUGUGCAGACUUUGCCAAUAUACAUUGAUAUAUGUUGUCAGUAUGAAUGAUCUUAUCUUAUACACAUUCAAAUUAAGUUAAUUCACUGUCCCUGCCAUUCAAAUUACACUAAGUGUGGCCAGUAUCAUAAGUGACUGUCAUCAUUCCAGAAUACAAUGUACCUGUCCACUUGUUUGUCAUACCAAAGUAAAGAGAUUAUAUAAUGGCUGUAUCAGCUAAUUGUAAUAAAGAAAGAUUUUUUUCAUUGAUAAAAUAUAAGAGAGUGAUUCAUAUUUUAAGUAAAUACAUUACCUUAAUACAGAUACCCAAGAAUCAGUUUUCAGUCAACAAGUCUAAAUAAUGAUGCUAAAGCAUCUGCAAGUUGACACAUAUACAUCAAUAUGUAACAUACAUGUACAUGUAUGUUCUUCUCUAUGCCUUAUAUAUCCAAUACAACGACAGGUGUACCUUGUAUGAGGAAGCAAGCAUUCUGACCUCUAUUACAUUAUUUUUAUGGAAUCAUCAGCAAUACCAUACUUUCCUACUGAAGGGUGAUAUCAUGUCAAAGUAUGUUUUCUAACCACCAACGGUGGUUUUAGAUCCACCCAGACAUAAUCUCAAGUGACCUUUUGUAAUCGCCUUUUUUGUCCAGCGUCGUGUGUCAUACAUCGUUUAGGAUUUACACUUUCAACUUCUUCUCAAUAACCAAAAGACCCAGGCUCAUGAUGUUGGGCUAGUAGCAUGCUCGGAUGAAGGGGUACUAAGUUUGUUCAAAUGAAUGAUCUUGACCUACUUUCAAGGUCACAUGAGUCAAAAGUGUUAAAACCUUUUAAAAAUUUCUUCUCAAUAACCAAGAGACCCAUGAUCCUGGUGUUGGGCAUGUAGCAUGCUUGGAUAAAGAGGUAGAAAGUUUGUUCAAAUAAAUGAACUUGACCUACUUUCAAGGUCACUGGGGUAAAAUAUGUUAGAAUCUUUCAAUGAUUUCUCAGUAACCCUGAGACCCAGGGUUAUGAUCUUGGGCAAGUAGCAUGCUGGGUUGAAGGACUAUAAAGUUUGUUCAAUUCACUGACCUUGACCCACUUUCAAGGUCACAGCUAGGGGUCAAAUUUGUUAGAACCUUUGAAUGGUUUCUUCUCAAUAAACAAAAUAUCCAGGGUCAUGAUACUGGGAAAUGUCAUGCUUUCGUAACAGACUGAAAAGUUUGUUCAGCUGAAUGACUUUGGUCUUCCUUCAAGGUCAAACAAGUUAAAUGUGUUAAAUUCUAAAAAAACAAAAACAUCAACUAUCAGAAUGUAUUUCAGAACUCAGGUGACUGUUAAAGUCCAUGAACCUCUUGUCACCAUUAUGAGUUUAGGAGAUUAAUGUUGUAUUCACAGACCUUGGUCUGUAAUGUUAUUGUCUGUGGUAUAUAUUUAGAUAAUGCAAUGUACAUGUAUAUGUUUUAAAUAAUAGAAUAAUGUUCUAUUUUUGUAAUUUUAUAUUAAUGUACUUGGGAUAGACACAUCUUGCUGUAAUAAGGUACAAUAUACCGAUAUAUCAUGUUGACUGGAGCUUUGGUGCCAUGAACUGUUGAAUUACCAGGUAAUUAUCCAUAUUAUCUAUAUUAAUUACUGGUAUGAAACCUUGUAUUGGACAAAUUUGAGGGUUUUUUUGUAUGUCAGUACCUGAUCAUCCUACAGAUUUAGCCAUACACCUGUAUUAUACAUGCGAGAGAUUACAAAGAUUCAGCUAUAUACAUGUAUUAUACAUGUGAGAUAUCACAUAGAUUCAGAUAUACACCUGUAUUAUACAUGUAAGAGAUCACACAGAUUUAGCCAUACACCUGUAUUAUACAUGUGAGAGAUUACACAGAUUCAGAUAUACACCUGUAUUAUACAUGUGAGAUAUCACAUAGAUUCAGAUAUACACCUGUAUUUUACAUGCAAGAGAUCACACAGAUUCAGAUAUACACCUGUAUUAUACAUGCAAGAGAUCACACAGAUUCAGAUAUACACCUGUAUUAUACAUGUGAUCGAUGAUCAUGCAGGUUCAGCCAUACAUCUGUUUAAUACAUGUGAGAGAUCAUGCAGGUGCUUGUAUUGUUUGAACAGUGAGCAUCUCCUUUUAAAAUAUUGAAAUAAUAUAUAGAAUGUCACAAUAAACAUUGAGCUUUUGUAAAAAAAAAAGAAGACAAUUGAUUGUUCUUAAUCAUACUAAACACAAUUAUGAACUGGACAGCUAAAGUGUAAACAUAAAAAGGGCUUAUUUGUCCAACUUUUUUCAUAGUCAACUCUUAUAGCUAACUCUCCAAAGUAUGAUAUACUGUGUUUUGAGUUUCAUAAAAAGACAACAGAACCCAUGUUCAUUGAUAAUUUAUCCAUAAUUUUAUUUUAAACAAUUCAACAUGAAUAUAUUAAUGAAGAAAGCACAAGAGUAAAGAGCAGAUAUUCUUACAACAUGCUAAACCUGGAUAUCCAAACUAUACCCCUACCAAGGAACAACAAUUAAUGACUGGAGACGUUAUGAUAACAUUGAAUCCACUACCAGUCAUUAUACCUGUGUAGGUAGGCAUGUCUACAUGUGCUAUGAAUUUUAAUGUCAGUCAAAAAUGUUAAUUCUAUGUUAACAAUUACCUAUUACGUUAUGUAAUAAAUACACAAGAGGUAAA